CAGAGUUAUGGGGUCUAUGGGGUAGGUCAGGGUUUUAGAUGGCUGGUCUAGACCAUGGAGUGGGAUUGAAGGUGUCGGGUCCACUGGUGGUGUCCCUGGAAUCCCCUGGAACAGGGAUUUGGGGUUCCAGGGAGAAGGAUGUGGUGUGAGAUGUGUGAGCUGAGAGAAGCACGAGGCUGCAGGCCCAGCACUAGGGGUUUGGGGAGCACUGGAAGCUACUGGCUACAGCUUUCUGGGGGGUGGGUGUGUAUCAGUGAAGGCACCACUGGGAAGGGAGCUCCUGUCCUUGCUGAGAUGCUGUGGGGGAGACUGGUUUCACUGGUCUGUGUUUCUGGGACCCAGGCUCUUACUGCCCCCGCUGUGUUUUUUUUCUCCUUUCUUGGCAGGGCUUGAGGCAGUUGGUUUCUUUGGGUAAUCUGUGUUUCUGCUUUGGGGUGGUGGUUUAGUGACUUUGUUACAUUAGGGAAUUUGCUGCUUCAGGAAUGUGGCUUUCCAAGGAUAAGGUGAUGUGUUUGUGUUUCUAGGCAGUAGCUUUUUUGUGUUUGGAAAGGACUUGAGAGAGCAGAGAAGGUCUAUGUAGUUUGCGUUACUGAAAGGGGUAGCUUAUAGACAUUGCCCAAAGCUGAUGGGUUUUGGACUGAUCCAUGGCAGCUUGGUGAGGAGAUGAGCUGGCAGAACAGGAGGGUAACCCAAUGGCCUGUGUGAAGAAAAUGCUAAGGAAGUCUGGAGGAAUUCACUAAAACUGCUGACAUUCAGGAUCUUGCUAAAGAGUCGCACAAAGCCUCCAACAUAUUUGGAAUAGACAGAGAAACAAUAACCUUACAACUGCUGUUGUCAUCUCUGGUCAUGUUAUAGAAGUGCCCAGAGAAAGCUUUGUCUUCAGAGACCCAAAGAGAAGAGUUGCCCCUGUUGCCUGCAGCCCAGCUCUCAUCACCCGCUCGCGCUUGUGACAAACCCACCUUGACAAGCGAGGAGCCAGCGAGUCUCCUUCGGCCGCUUUGACCCCGCACAGUCACACAUCAUGAAGUAUUAAAUUGCAUCACGUAGCCCUGAGCGAAAGGGGAGGUUGUUCCUAACCUUGUGGCCGUUGUGCAAUUGUUGGAAGAAACGCACUGAGCUGCUCCCAUGUGUUGCUGAGCACCAAAUUGAGUGUGACUUGGCAAGGGGAAGAAAGGACUCGGUGCUGUCACAGGCAGCUGGGCUGCACGGGUCAGUGGGUGGCAGGAGGAGGCUGAACUCGGUUUUGUCAUAAGAUGAGGAAAAGAUAGUGCUGGUACAGAAAUCCAUCACACGCUCCCUGUGUUUUGAGGGUGUGGGGGAGACAGGAAUGGAAAGUGUACAGAAGUGAUUAAUGUCUAGAAGAACACUGUGUGAAAUGGGGACAGAUGUGUGGGGAAAGGGAGCAGAUUGAUUUGAGUAAUAAUGCAGCAACGGGCAAAUGGCUUGUUUCUGUUUAGCCUCUGGGGUUGCAGGAACACCAGGACAGGAAGGCAGCUCCUCCUGCUGAAAGAGUGCUGGGAUUCAAGGUGUGUAAUUAACCUUGGGGACAUGCUGCUGCUGCCAGAUGUGGAGGCAGAAGUUUCAUGGGCUCACUGCUGUGCUGAUGAAGCAGUUCCAAUUACACUGUGCUGGCACUUUAGCGGUGGCCAGCAGGGCUCUGCCUCUGAGCAGGAGGCAGUGCUCACAGUUCCUGCUGUCAGGGCUGGUGUGGUCACCCCAUGUGAGGUGAAGGGGCCUCCAACCACAGGGAGCAUCAAUAGCUGAUUGUGUUCUGAUCACUGCACUUCAGCUCUUUCCUGUUGAUUAGGAAACCAGCAGCUCUGUGUAGAUGCUGCUUUUGGUCUCUGAAACCCAGAGGGGCAGAGUGCCUGGCUACACGGACACAGCUUGUCUCUGACCUGCUCCACAGUGGUUCAGAGGCACAAGGGCUUCUCAUGAGCUUGCAGAUGUCAGUAUGCUGAGUGUGAAGGGGCUGUAUGAGCUUCCCUGGCAGCCCUCUCUGCCUUGUGCCAGUGCGCAGCACCCACUUGCUGUUGCACUGCUCUGCAAGAGGUUUUUCCAGCAGGUUACAGCUGUCACUCAAGGCAGUGCCUGGUGACUCUGCAGUCUGCUGGGCUCCUCUGCUUCCUCACUGCUCCCCUUAUCUGUUCUGUCCCUCAGUCCAGGCUCCCUCUCCCUGCUGUGCCAAGCAGGAUUGGAAGCUCUAUCUCUGGAGUUAUGGCUGCCUGCUGUCAGAAAACACUCUCAUCCCUUCUCCUACCCUAGAGACCGCUUUCUGAUGAGCAGCAUGACUUAAUGCUGGAAUUAGCUGCUUAGGAAGAGCCAGUAAAUGCUUGCAACAGCAGGAGACACCAGCUGAGACAGGGCCUGGGAAAGCCCCAAAUGAAACCUUUAGGCUUCUGAGGUACCUAAGGCACCUUCUGGGGUGCUCUUGUCAGUCAUGUAGGCAAGACUUCAGCAGGGCAGAGGGAUGAACAGGGCCAUUCAAAGUGUCCAGAAGUACUCCUGAGCAAAGCCAGUGUGUCUCAGUGACUGGAAAGUGCUGGGUUUUGUGGAGGACAGCUGUUUUGUUCAGGUAGAGAGUGAGGAGUGCUGCUUGUUUCCAGUAAUGUUGCUUGCUACCUGAGCUGCAGGUUAGGGGUCUGAACCUAAAGGCAGUCCUGUGCCUUCCACCCACAUGUCUGACCACACACAGAGCUGUCAUACUGGGAAGGUGUCAUAUUGGUGGUGGGUGGCAGGAAUGGAGACCCUUCUGCCAAGGCUCUUGCAGGAUGCAGCAGGUCCUUACCAAACCUCCUGAGGAGUGACUCUUCCCCCAGUUGGGCUGCAAGAAUCUUGAGGCAGGAGGGUUGAAAGAUGGAAGCUGGACUGUGCUGCAGCUCGUAGAAGCCUUGGGGUUUUGCCUGGAGAACACAGAUCCUAGAAUGCGAGGCCGAGGCAUGCAGCUGCUGUCACAAGUCCUGCUCCAGUGUUACUCCCUACUCCAGGAGAAGGAAGUGCUUCAUCUGGUCCUGUUCUAUGAGAACCGGCUACAAGAUCAUCACCUUGUGAUUCCCUCAGUGCUCCAGGGACUCCAAGCGCUGAGCAUGUGUGAGGUGCUGUCCCCAGGGUUAGCAGUGUCUGUGCUCAAAGCCAUCUUCCAGGAGGUACAUGUGCAGUCCCUGCUGCAGCUAGACCGCCACACAGUCUACAGCAUCAUCACCAACUUCAUGGGCACCAGGGAGGAAGAGCUGAAGGGCCUGGGUGCUGACUUCACCUUCGGCUUCAUCCAGGUGAUGGAUGGGGAGAAGGAUCCCCGCAAUCUGCUGGUGGCUUUCCAGAUUGUGCGUGAUCUCAUUGCCAAGAACUAUGCCCUGGGUCCCUUUGUGGAGGAGCUGUUUGAAGUUACAUCCUGUUACUUCCCCAUUGAUUUUACUCCACCUCCUAAUGACCCACACGGCAUCCAGAGGGAAGACCUGAUCCUGAGCCUUCGGGCUGUACUGGCCUCCACACCCCAAUUUGCUGAGUUCCUUCUCCCUCUGCUCAUUGAGAAGAUGGACUCAGACCUGCAAAGUGCCAAGCUUGAUGCCCUGCAGACUCUGGCUGCCUGCUGUGCCAUCUACGGGCAGAAGGAGCUGCAGGAAUUCCUCCCCAGCCUUUGGUCAUCCCUGCGGAGGGAGGUGUUCCAGACAGCGAGUGAGAAGGUGGAGGCUGAGAGCCUGGCAGCCCUGCAUGCCCUCUCUGCCUGCCUGUCCCGCUCCGUGCUCAGCUCUGAUACUGAGGAUCUGCUGGAUUCCUUCCUCAGCAGCAUUCUGCAAGAUUGCAGGCACCAUCUCUGUGAGCCUGACAUGAAGCUCGUGUGGCCAAGUGCCAAGCUCCUGCAGGCAGCAGCAGGAGCCUCCCGGCGCGCCUGCCACCACGUCACCCGCAGCGUCCUGCCCCUGCUGCUGGAGCAGUACACCAAGCACUCACAGAGCAGCCAGAGGAGGACAAUCCUGGAAAUGCUGCUGGGCUUCCUGGAGCUGCAGCAGAAAUGGGGACAUGUGGAAGAAGAGGAGAGCACUCUGCUGUCACUCCAGGCCCUCAUUUGCUCUGUGGUGUUCUCAGCACUGACGGACUCCAGUGUGCAGCUGCAGCUGGUCGGGAUCAGGGCACUGACUCUCCUGGGCUCCCUGCAAGGCUUCCUGUCUCCCUCUGAUCUGGAGCUGGUUGUGGAUCACCUCAUUCGUCUGGCUCUGUGUGAGGAGGAUUCCCAGAGCAGUGAAGCAGCAAUGGAGGCAGCGGGAUCUCUGGCCCCCAUCUACCCAAAGGUUUUCUCUGGACGUAUGGUACCCAGGCUUGAAGAGGAGCUGCAGACAGAGCCAGAGGAGGAGAGCUCCCGUGAUCGUUGCUCCCUGCGGCAGCGCUGCCUGCAGGCCCUGGCUGCUGUGUCCACACACACCAGCAUCGUGAGGGAGACUGUCCCUGUCCUGCUGCAGCACCUCCGGAAGGUGCAGAAAGGGAGCGAGGCCGGGAGCGCACAAGACAUCAUCUCCGUGUGCCGGAGCCUGCACCGCGUGGCUCUGCAGUGCCAGCCGGAGGCCGAGAGCUGCUGGUACUACCACCAGACGGUGGUGCCCUGCCUGCUGGCCAUGGCAGUGCAGGCUGCCAUGCAAGAGAGCACCCACCCGCCGCUGGGCAAGGUACUGCUGCAGGAAGAGGUGCUGGCUGCCAUGGUCCCAGUCAUCAGCGCUGCCACCACUCACCUGAGCCCUGAGCUGGCUGCCCAGAGCGUGUCUCAUGUGGUGCCUCUCUUCUUGAAUGGAGAGGUCUCUUUCCUGCCCCAGAACAGUUUUCCCUGCUCCUUCCAGCCUUUCCAGGAUGGAGAGUGCUUGGAGGCACAGAGACGCCUGGUUGCCCUCCUCAUGGCCUUUGUCUGCUCCUUGCCCCGCAAUGUGGCAAUUCCUCAGCAGGAAUGGCUGCUCCGGGAACUGCUAGUGCUGAGCUGCUCCUGCAACUGCCCCUUCACUGCCACCACAGCUGCUAAGUGCUUCGCGGGACUGGUGAACAAGCACCCUGCGGGGCAGCAGCUGGAUGAGAUCCUGCAGCUUGCAGUGAACAGGAUAGAGCCUGGCCUGGUGGAGGGGCCACACCGGACACAGGCGCUCACCCUGCUGCUGUGGGUGACCAAAGCCCUGGUGCUACGCUACCAUCCCCUGAGCUCCCAGCUGACAGAUAAGCUGCUGGGCCUGCUGAGUGACACGGAGCUGGGCCCUGCUGCAGCCGAUGGCUUCUCCCUGCUGAUGGCCGAGUCCCCGGACGUGCUGCACAAGGGCUGCCAUGCAGAUGUGCGCAUCAUGUUCCGACAGCGCUUCUUCACUGACAACGUCCCCAAGCUGGUGCAGGGCUUCCAUGGGGCUGGCCCUGACGUGAAGGCCAAUUACCUGAAGGGCCUGUCCCAUGUACUCAACCAUCUCCCCAAGCCUGUGCUGGUGACAGAGCUGCCCACGCUGCUUCCCCUCCUCCUCGAGGCCUUGUCCUGCUCAGACCAUGUGGUGCAGCUUUCUACACUGAGCUGCCUCCAGCCACUGCUGCUUGAAGCUCCCCAGAGCCUGAGCCUGCACGUCGACACACUCGUCACCAAAUUCCUCAGCCUCACCUCCAGCCCCACCAUGGCUGUCCGCAUCGCCGCCCUGCGCUGUGCCCAUGCGCUUACCAACCUGCCCACAAUAGUGCUGCUCCCAUACAAGGCUCGAGUUAUCCGGGCACUGGCCAAACCUUUGGAUGACAAGAAGAGGCUGGUGCGGAAGGAAGCAGUGGCAGCACGGGGGGAAUGGUUCCUGCUGGGCAGCCCAGGCAGGUGAAUGUCCUGCAUCCCCUCCCUGUGCUGAUCGACUGUGACCAGCCCCCUGAUACCCCACUGUACCAUGGACCCUCGGAGCCCAGUUACUGCCCCAUGGGCCAGGGCUGGAGCCUGGAAGCCGGCAGGCAGUACCCUCACUGCGACACCUUCUCAGCACCCCCAGCGGGCAGGGAGCUGUGCCACUUGUGACUUACCCACCUUCUGCUGCAGCAUGGACAGUGAUGGACAGACUGGCCACGUGUGAGUGGAGAGGGCAGGCCUCUGCACACGUGUGCAGUGUGUGGCAGCCCACACACCAGAGGAAUAAAUGUCUCUGUUUUGGUAA